CUGCAGCUCGCACACCUCAGCAACCAGCUGCAUGGCGCCCGGCAGCAAAUAACCACGCUCUCACAGCUGAUGAGCCGCUUGAGUCCCGCUGCAGACAACAUGCCAAACUAUGCCCAGGAGUCGCAGGGAGCCAGAGUCCUCCACCGCCUGUCCUCAGACACGUUCCGGACAACCAGAAAAGAAAUAAUGGUGGAUAAGCUGCUCUCCUGGUUCACAACAUCAACAGACCACCAGACACUGAUCCAAGACCACUCCGGUGCGCUUCCACGCGGGUCCUGGUGCUUCGCGGGGGCCGAAGGACACGCCGUCGUCUCCUUGACGCAGCCCGUCAAGAUCACGCACGUCACACUCGGCCACAUCACAAGGCUGCAGUCCCUCACCGGCGAAAUCAAGAGUGCGCCGAGACAGUUCUCCAUCUACGGAUUGGCGAACGAGGACAAAGAAGGCCUUCACCUCGGGACCUUCGUGUACGACCAGGACGGCCUGAGCUCCCAGACCUUUGAGCUGCCCGUCGCAGUCAAAGACGUCUUCGGCCAGGUGAAACUACAGAUCUGGACCAACUGGGGAGAUGAAGACCAGACAUGCCUCUACAACUUCAAGGUCCACUAGGUAACAUGGAUCAGGUUGGGGUGUAGAGGUUAGACCAA